GGCACUGACGUCGCGUUUCAUUCACAGUGUUCCACUACUAUCUGUUUUUCCAGAUUCUACUUUAGCUAGCUUUUUAACCAAUAAGUUAACAGUUUGUUUACCUGCCAGAGUUCAUUAACGUUAUAGCUAUAGGUACUAGAGGAUUUGGAUAAAGCUACCCAAAAAGAAAUGGGGGCAUUUUUGGACAAGCCAAAGAUGGAGAAGUUCAAUGCCCACGGAGAAGGAAAUGGCCUACGAUAUGGCCUGAGCAGCAUGCAGGGCUGGCGGGUAGAGAUGGAGGAUACACACACGGCUGUCAUUGGCCUGCCCCAUGGCCUCAACCCCUGGUCCUUUUUUGCUGUGUAUGAUGGCCAUGCUGGCUCUCAGGUGGCCCGCUACUGCUGCGAGCACUUGCUAGAGCACAUCACCAGCAACCCAGAUUUCAGGGGUGGGGGUGCAGGACCAGGAGGUGGAGAAGUGGGGGGCAGGGCAAUUCUGGACAGGCAUGGACCCGAGCCAUCAGUGGAGAGUGUGAAGAGUGGCAUUCGCACUGGCUUCCUGCAGAUUGAUGAGCAGAUGCGAGUUAUCUCGGAGCGUAAGCAUGGUGCGGACCGCAGCGGCUCUACUGCAGUGGGAGUCAUGAUCUCACCUCGCCACAUGUACUUCAUUAAUUGUGGCGACUCACGGGCACUCCUCAGCAGGGGAGGCCGGGUCCAUUUCUUUACGCUGGAUCACAAGCCCAGCAAUCCAUUGGAAAAGGAGCGCAUCCAGAAUGCCGGUGGCUCUGUCAUGAUUCAACGUGUUAAUGGCUCGCUAGCUGUGUCUCGGGCCCUUGGUGACUUUGACUAUAAAUGUGUACAUGGCAAGGGCCCCACAGAGCAGCUUGUGUCGCCUGAGCCAGAGGUGUAUGAGAUUGAAAGAUCUGAGGCGGAGGAUGAGUUUGUUGUUUUGGCGUGUGAUGGCAUCUGGGACGUGAUGGCCAAUGAGGAGCUAUGUGACUUUGUGCGUUUACGUCUAGAGGUGACAGAGGACUUGGAGAGAGUGUGCAAUGAGAUUGUUGACACAUGUUUAUACAAGGGAAGCCGGGACAACAUGAGUGUGGUGCUGGUGUGUUUCCCAGGUGCUCCCAAGAUCUCGCAAGAAGCUGUGAAGAGACAGGCAGAGCUGGAUAAGUACCUGCAGAGCAGGGUAGAAGGUGGAGCAUCUAAAAAGAAAUGAGUUAUGUUACACAUUUCAAAAGAGCGAGACACCGAUUGUUGUUGCGUAAACUUAUGGUAGUACUUAUUACUUACCAAAACAGAAACUAAAUAUAAAAGUACUCACAGAACCCCAAUUGUAAGUGUGAAGGCACUUGAGUGUCUUUAUAGGCAACAUACUUUUUAAUAUGGUUUAUCCUGGACUUAAAAUGUCCUCAAGGGAAAUUUAGCAAAUGUUAACUUUAGAAUGCUUAAUAUAUAUAUAUAUAUAUAAAAUCAUAUUCAUUGUCAAAAUGUAUUUUUUCUCACAGCUUUUUCAAUGAAGCAAGCUCAAUAUUGUAUCUUCUGGACCCGUUUUUUCAAAUCAUUUAAUCUUGAUCAGAAUAAUACGGAUUCUGUAAUCCCUUAUUUUGCAGAUUUCUUUGGCCAGUGUUUCUGAAAUAGGUAGGAAAGGACCAUUCUGACCAUGCCAUCUACUGGGCAGGUUAUAUUACUACAUACAUGAACAAAGGUUCACUUUCUUAAAUAUUUUUUUUUUUAACCAAAUCUGUGUUUUGGAUGUACGUUAAUGUUUUGAGAAACAUGUCCCACCAGCGAUUAUACUUCCUCAUGUUUGUUCAGCAGCAUGAUAAAACAUGAACAAAGGCUCCAAAACACCUAAAUACAUCCUUUUAAAAGUGACGCUGUAUAGUGAUGCAGGUCUUUAAAUGUUAUACACAUGCAAUUGUGUCAUUCCGAAAUGUAUCCGCAACGUUAUAUUCCAUGUUGUGUGACUCGAGCUAUACUUUUCGUCACUUUACUGCUUUAAUAUUGCAGAUAUAUUGUGGUUUCUAGCAAUGUCAUUGUCUGCAUAAUUUCCAAUCCCCCAUAUAUAUUUUUUGUAAAUAUAUAAAGCACCAGUCAAAAGUUUGGACACACCUACUCAUUCAAGGGUUUACAUUUUUU